AUGUUUCUCUUCCUUGUCGCUUUUUUGCCAGUGGUUUUUAAAAUUGGUUUUGUCAGCCUCUCAGCUCUGCAGCACUGGAACUGUCCUAAUGGAUACAGAUUAAAGCCUGAAAACUCUGCCUGUGUAGAUAUCGAUGAAUGCCUUGAAGGUGGUUUGGGAACCUGUGGCCAGACCUGUGUCAAUGUGCCAGGGUCCUACAUCUGCUCCUGUUUGCCUGGCUACACUUUGGAUAUUGACAAACGCUCUUGCUAUGUGAACGACCCUGCACCAUUCUUACUUUUUAGCCAUGGAAGUGCCAUCUUUAGAAUUGACACGGAAGGGACCAACCACGAAAGAUUGGUGGCUGAUACUGGCCACUCAACGCUUAUGGAUUUUCAUUAUAAAGAAGAGAAGGUGUAUUGGGUAGACUCUGAAAGGCGACUGCUUCAAAGAAUUCACCUGAAUGGCACAGAACGAGAGAGACUGUGUUACAUAGACAAAGGCAUUUCAGGAUUUGCUAUUGACUGGAUAAAUCAAGACAUUCUCUGGGCCAAUAGACAGAAAGCAACCAUAGAAGCAACAGACAUGAAUGGGAAGAAACGCCGAGUUCUUCUAAGAGAUGCUGGUCGUCCCACAAGGAUUGCCAUUGAUGCUGAGCAAAGGCUAUUAUUUUGGUCUUCAGAUGGUACAGUUUCCAGCAUACACCGAGUGUCCCUCAGUGGAAGCAAUAUGAGAAAUGUUUUAAGAACCACAGAAAACAUAAAGGCCAUCUCCCUAGAUCUGGUUGACACAAGGCUCUACUGGAUCCAACAUGACAAUGGGAAAGAGAUUUCCCAUAUUGGAUCAUGCGACUAUGAUGGCAGAGCUGUUCGUUUGCUCAAAAAUUCUGUCCGACAUCAAUUGCUUGGUAUAUCUCUCUUUGCUGAGCACCUGUACUAUUCAGAGUUGAAAUCUGGUAUGAUAUGGAGAGCCAACAAGUAUACUGGAAAAGUUGUAGUCACAAUUAGCCUGGAGCCAUCAUUUUUUCCACCGGUGGAGAUGAAAGUGGUACAUCCCUUUAAACAGCCAGGUGCAAGAACAGAUUCUCAGGAUUUUGAAAAAGUAACCUGUGAUUUGAACAAAGAAAAGUGCAGAAGAAGAAUCUGCAGGCCAGAUUCAAGGACUCAUCGGUGUAAAUGUUCGAGUGGCUUUAUUUUAAGUCAAAAUAGACAGUUUUGUGAAGAUAUCAAUGAAUGUGGCUUCUGGAAUCACGGCUGUACUUUGGGCUGUGUGAACACCCCUGGUUCCUAUUACUGCACCUGCCCAAGAGGUUUUGUUCUGCUGCCUGAUAGGAAAACGUGCCAUG